AUGCUAUGUCUCUUUUUCUUUGCUCACAUUAUGACAGGAUACAGGGAUGAUAAUUACACUCUCUCUUCCCUCUUCUAUGCUAUGGAUGAUAAUGCACACUUCCUUCUUCUUUUUCUCUUUCUCUACUUUAUGACGGGAUACAGGGAUGAUAUUAAGCACACUCUUCCCUCUUCUAUGCUCUGUCUCUUUUCUCUCUUGCAUUAUGACAGGAUACAGGGGAUGAUAUUAAGCACCUCUUCCCUCUUCAAUGCUCUGGAUGAUAUUAAGCACUCUUCCCUCUUCUAUGCUGUCUCUUUUUUCUCUGCUUGCAUUAUGACAGGAUACAGGGAUGAUAUUAAGCACACUCUUCCCUCUUCUAUGCAGUGUCUCUUUUUCUCUGCUUACAUUAUGACAGGAUACAGGGAUGAUAUUAAGCACACUCUUCCCUCUUCUGUGCUAUGUCUCUUUUCUCUGCUUACAUUGUGA